AUGCCCAUUCCCAAACUAUCCACUCAACCCUGUCAUCAGCAAAAAACCUUUCGGAGCCAUAAAGUUACAAAUUCAUAUUCAGGAUCAACACACACCCACUCUGAUUCUUUAAUAUCCCUUCUCUCAUGCUUCGGAGUGAAAGUCAAUUUACGACCAAUCAAAUUUGCAAUCCAACAAACCAAGGACAAACCAACCCGGAGCACUGUACAACAAAUUAAAGAACAAUUACAAAUUUCAUCAAACGAUCACCCUAUUUCCAUCACAAAGAACUUGCAUGAUGAAUUAUUUCGAAUUAAAUUUUCUACAGCCUCGAUUGGACACUAUCACAGUUCAAGGGAUUACCUCACACUUGAGCUCUACAAACAAAUAGAAACGUCGUUAGAGAAAUCAGAACCAAUCGAUGUCAUGACUAUUGAAAUUGAAUUUUUGAAAGCUUCACCGAGUGAUCUCUUAAAAUACUUUUCUUCCACAUCCACACAAAGUAUUGAAGAACAAUUAUUAAAUCAAUUAGUAGAAAUUUUAGACGUAGAUGAAAAAAGAAAACAUGUCUAUAUCCGAAUCCGAAGGGACUGUAAUCACAACACCUCAGAGAUCUUUGACCCCAUUGAUUACAGAUAUUUAUUAAUGGGCAAAAUUGACAGCUCCAAUCAUGCUUUCCUCUUUGACGUGAGUGGUUUCUCGCAAAAUGACAAGACAGUUCCAAAAUCUGUUGAUCAUUUGUAUGAAUUGUGUACACCAGCCAAUGUUAGAAACAAGAGUUUUCAGUCUGAUGACAACAACGAUUGUGGUAUCCAAAGAAUUCUCAUUGGAUGUUUUUUGACAAGUAUGACAACCACAAAAAGAAAAAACAAACGAGGUGGUCCUAUUGGAACAAAAUCUCUAUACUAUACCACCAAUCCGUAUCAUUUAUUCAAAUCCCAAUCGUGA